AUGGCAAAACGAAAAAAUCAGCAUCCAGACAACCUCGAUUCGGACGACGACGACGACAACGACCCGAGUGAACGCAGUCUCGUGAAUGUCGACUUUGACUUUUUCGAUCCACACCCCGAUGUCGAUUAUCUCGCCCUCAAACGCCUCGCCACACAGCUUUUCCAAGCCGACGCCGAACUGUUCCAUCUCAAUGACCUCGCAGACCUGAUCCUAUCUCAGCCUCUGGUUGGUACGACCGUCAAAUGCGAUGGCAGGGAAAGUGAUCCGUACGCGGUCCUCACCGUGCUCAAUAUGCACAUACAUCAGAAUCGACCUGCUAUCAGAGCUCUCACUGAGUACGCUCUCGCCAAAUCGUCCGUCGACCCCGCUUUUCACGCCAUCCUCCAAAAUCUUCUCGGCCCUGCGGGGCUUGCAUCUCAAAAUCACGUCGGACUGAUUUUUUCAGAACGACUUAUCAACAUGCCUGUUCAAAUCGCCCCACACAUGUACCGCAUGCUUGCAGACGAAAUCCAGUGGGCCUUAGAUGACAACGAACCGUACCGCUUUACACACCUCCUUUUCAUCUCCCGGACGUACCACCUGUCCCCCGAGGAAGAAGCCGAGAUGGCGGGACCCGCACCUCGCGGCAAACGUCAAAAGCAGGGUGCGGCGCCCCCACUACAAUCGUCAACGAGCGGGACAUAUCCAUUCCACCCUGAGGAUGAUGUUGUCAAAACUAUUGCGCUGCAUACGCUGGACUACGCGUUUUCCAAAGCACAGCCUCGUGAGGAGGACGCUUUUGGGCUAGACAUGGGCGGGCGCAUGAUGCUAGUAUCUGCGGACCGAUUAAGAGAGCUUGUCAACGGUCUCAAUCAAGCCUAUCCUCCGCCUUCUUGA